AUGAAUGACAUGGAGACAAACUCCUCAGAUUCGCUGCCAGCUCCUGCCACAAGUCUUACCAAGACUUGGAAGGAGAAAGCGCACGACAAGUACAGGGCAACUGUUAAGCAAUUCACCACAAGAGAUGGGUUAAUUGGUGGCAUGGAUUAUAGUUAUCUUUUUACACCCAGUGUGCCCUUUAUCCACAAAACGAGCAAUCCACCAAGAUUUUUUGCACUCAAUGAAAAGGUUCCAAUCUUGCUAGCAUGUUUACUGGGUCUUCAGCAUGCCCUCGCUAUGAUGGGAGGCUUGGUGGCCUCCGCGUUGCUAUUUUCGACCAUGGCUAAUUUAAAUGUGCAUGACACCCAAUAUCUUGUGUCAGCCAGUCUUAUUUCUGCAGGAAUUUUGUCAUUUGUUCAGAUCAAAAGUUUCAAGAUUCCCUAUACUUCCUACAGAAUAGGGUCUGGUACUCUUUCAGUGCUUGGUACUGCCUUUUCCACAAUUUCAGUAUUCGGCACAACGCUACCCAUAAUGUACAAGACCGGGUUUUGCCCUGUUGCUGAGGACGGAACGCAUUUGCCUUGUCCUGAAGCUUAUGGUGCCUUCUUGGGUACCUCAGCGCUGUGUGCCCUGUUCCUGCUACUCCUUUCAUUCACGCCCAAAAAAUAUAUCCUCAAGAUUUUCCCUCGUAUUGUCAACGGGCCAGUUGUUCUGCUUGUGGGUUGCUCUCUUAUUCAGUCAGGAAUGGAGGAUUGGGCUGGCGGAUCAGGUUGCGUGACUGCUGCCAUGUGUCCGAGUGCCUCCGCUCCUAAGCCCCACCCAUGGGGGUCCGGCCAGUUCAUUGGAUUAGGAUUCAGUGUCUUUGUUACUAUCGUGAUCUGUGAGAAAUGGGGCCCUCCUAUGUUCAAAUCUUGCUCUAUUGUCAUCGGACUUCUGAUCGGGUGCGUCAUUGCUGCUGGUUGCGGGUAUUUCAGCCACGAACAGAUCGAUGCGUCUCCUUCCGGACAAUUUUUGUGGGUUCGUACCUUCAAGUUACAGUUGUACGGUCCCAUUGUUCUACCGCUUCUUGCUGUUUACGUUGUUAUUACUAUGGAGACUAUUGGUGACAUUACUGCAACCUGUGAUGUGUCUCGUUUAGCCGUUGAAGGACCCGAGUUUGAUUCCAGGAUUCAGGGUGGUCUCUUUGCUACGGCCUUGGCUUGCAUUGCUGCCAACCUUAUGACAUUGAUGCCGCAAACUUCGUUCACACAAAACAAUGGCGUUAUUGCCAUGACACAAUGUGCCGCUCGCGUUACUGGAUACUUUGCUUGUAUGUGGUUGAUCCUUAUGGGUGUUAUUGGUAAAUUCAGCGCAGCUAUUGUGGCAAUCCCUAAGGCUGUCAUCGGAGGUAUGACUACCUUCUUGUUCACCUCUGUCGCUCUCUCAGGAUUGAGUCUCAUUGCUGGAUGCAAGUUUACCCGUCGUGACCGCCUGGUAUUAACUAUUUCGCUCAUGUGGGGGUUCGGCUCCUUACUUGUGCCAAACUGGUUCUCGCGUGUUUUCACAUACAAGGGCGACAAUACUGGCUUGCGUGGAUUCUUGAAUGCAAUCAACAUUGUGAUGGAGACUCCAUAUGCUAUUGGCGGUAUUUCUGGUGUUAUUGCAAACCUAGUUUUCCCUCAGUCCGAGGAUGAUCUCGAGUACACCGAGAGAACACAGGUUUUAGGCCAGAUCGAGGAGUUUGAAGGAAGCGAGCAACCUUCGGAUGGCGAUACCGUCGCUCACAAAUCUGACAUCUGA